AUGAAGCUUCGACUACGUCUACGUGUACCUUCUAAGCCCGAAAACGGUCUUGUCCGCGAACACUUGGGAACUGAUUCUGAUUCUGAUUCACACCAACAAAACAUCAAAAGACGCAAACUUGAUGAAUAUCGUAACGAUGUUAUCAAAUUGGAACGUGACUGGAAAACCCAUCAUUUGCUUCGUAAUAAAAAGCUUAUUCUGGUUCUUGAUUUGGACCUCACAUUGAUGGAGUCAACAGCAAUUGCAAAGUUAAGUUCGGAAGAGAAAUAUUUGCUUGAGGAGGCUGAAGUUGUUGAACAAGGUGGUGGCAAAGGUACACUCUUUGCGUACCAAGACAAAAAGUUCCCACUGUUGGUGAAACUGAGACCCUUUGUUAAGCAGUUUCUGAAAGCGGCUAAUGACAUGUUUGAGAUGUACAUUUACACUAAAGCAAACCGAAUCUAUGCCCUGAGGGUUGCUCGUUUGCUAGACCCAGAUGGGGAUUACUUUGCUUCUAGGAUAAUCACGAGGGAUGAUGAAAGGCCUGGUUGUGAGAAAAAGAGCCUUGAUGAGGUGGUGGGGCAUGAAAAUAUGGUUCUUAUAGUUGAUGACAACAGAGACAUGUGGCCAAAGCAUCAAGAAAAUCUGAUAAACAUUCAUGCAUAUCGGUACUUCUCUUCAAAGAGUGCAAAGGAUGGCAACUUUAAGUCUUUUGCAGAGAGGAAGAUUGAUGAAAGUGAGACUAAUGGGAUGCUCGCCAGAAUUCUUGAAGGUCUUCAAAGAGUUCACAGACAGUUUUUUCAUCCAGAGCUUGAAGUUAAUCUUGCUCAUGGAGAUGUGAGGUUAAUACUUAAAAUGAUUCGACUUAAGGUGCUAGCUGGGUGUGUUUUAUUUUUCAGCACAAGUUGGUUUAUGGGGAAUCCACCGGAGGAAGUGCCUUUCUGGAUUAUGGCAAAGGAGUUAGGAGCAAUGUGCAGCUUGGAACUUGGUACAGCAGUAACACAUAUGGUGAUAGUGGACAUGGAAACAAAGGAGGCUAAGUGGGCAGAGCAGAAAAAGAAGCUCUUGGUUAAUCCAGGUUGGAUAGAAGCUUCAUAUCAUUCAUGUCGAAGGGAACCAGAAGAUAAUUUCGCAGUUCAUGAGGCAUUCUUGUGA